CCAUAAAAACCCCUGUGGCGCUCCCACAUGCCUCAGCAGCGUCGCUGACCAAGUGUUCGAUAAAAUUCCCGAAAGAGAAAAAAAAACCCCAAAACAAAGCAAAACAUGGGCAGGAGAGGAGGAGCCAAGAGAACGGGAAAUACAGCAUACGGGUCUAACAACACCAUAUCAUUGAGAGAAGAAUUGACAGGCAAGAAGCAAACCAAGGGACCCGCCGUCAACGCCAAGUCUGCACUGAAGCUCGAGCACUUGCAGAGACUCGCUGUAUGGGCGGGUGGGGAAGCUUCUGUUCCUUCUCUGGGUGCCUUCUUCGCGCACACGUUGGCCUCUGCUCAGGAGGCUCUGGGCGUACCUCCUGACCCAUCUCUGUUUACUUGCCAGAGAUGUGAAACAAUUCUUCAGCCUGGCUUGAACUGCACUGUUCGAAUUGAGAAAAAUAGAUCAAAGAAACGACGAAAAAGUAAGAAACCAACUAGUUUCUCUCAAAACAAUGUAGUGUAUACAUGCCACUUUUGUUCACAUCGGAAUUUGAAGAGAGGGACUCCACAUGGACAUAUGAAAGUGAUAUGCCCCACCAAGACCAAAACGACUUCGAAACUGAAACAUGCUAAAUCCAUUUCCCAGAAGUCUGUCAGUUCAAAGAAGAGCAUUGUAGCUGAAGAUGAGGUUAGGAAAGCAAAUGAGAUAGCUGCAUCAGAAAUAAUUCAAGCGAAUGAGAUAGCUUCAUCAGAAAUAGCAAGAGAGAUUCAAGCAAAUGAGAUAGCUUCAUCAGAAAUAGCAAGAGAGAUUCAAAGGAAUGAGACAGCUUCAGAAAUAGAGAAUGAGACAGCUUCAUCAGAAAUAGCAAGAGAGAUUCAAGUGAAUGAGACAGCUUCAUCAGAAAUAGCAAGAGAAAUUCAAGAGAAUGAGACAGCUUCAUUAGAAAUAGCAAAAGAGAAUUGUAUUGUGGAAACUUGGGCAGAUGAAGAUGAGGUUACUAUAGUGAAUGAGAUGGCUUCUUCAGCAAUGGCCGGGGAGAUUCCAAUGGUGGACAGUCCUGAAACUCCAAAGGUGAGGACUGGACCUACUUUGUUACUUGGAGGGAAGAGGAGAAAGCGAAACAAAUCGGUGUCCAAGAAACCAGCUGAACCUGAAAACAGUCCUACCCCGACAGAUGCAGAAAACACUGGCAGCAUGUCAAACAAACGGAGGAGAAAGAAGUGGACUAGUUUGAAGGAAAUCGCUGAAAGCAGUGAGCACAAGAACAUCCGAAACAUUAGUGAUUUGACAAUCCCUUUCUUUGUCUAAGGCGCAUAGCUCCAUAUGGCAAGUGGAAUCAAUGGAUAACACAUUUUGUAGCUUGGCAGUAGAUAAAAUUUUGAAUGAUAUAAAAUAUCCCCUUAUAGUUCCCUUUUGUAUUCUUACGGUACCUAUCAGCAAACUUUUGCUUGCUUGUUUGUUUUUCUAAUUAUUUUAUUUAAAAAGAAUUUUCACCA